AUCUAACCGUCUAUUGAAAUCAUGUCGACCAGCCCAAAGCCUGUCAAGAAAGUGCCCAUUCACUUACAAAGUGCCCAGAAUCGAGUCUACAUCAAAAAUGGUGAAAUCGUCAAUCACGACAAGAGCUUCAAGGCGGAUGUUUACAUCGAAGAUGGCACCAUUAAAUUUGUUGGACCUGCCAGCGAGAUUACAGUUCCAGGCGGUGUGCGGAUCAUUGAUGCAGCAGGCAGAAUGAUUUUGCCGGGUGGCAUCGAUCCUCAUACGCGUCUUCAGUGUCCCUCAGGAGACGCUGUCUCCAUCGAUGAUUUCUAUGGUGGAACAAAAGCAGCAGUUGCCGGUGGCACAACCAUGAUAAUUGAUUGUGUUCUGCCAAGCAAACACGAGUCCUUGGUCGAGGCCUAUGAUAAGUGGCGCAGCUGGGCAGAUCCAAAGGUUUGUUGUGACUACGCUCUGCAUGUGGGUAUCACUUGGUGGUCCAAAUCGGUAUCCGAGGAGAUUGGCAUACUAAGCAAGGAACUGGGUGUCAAUUCACUCAAAAUGUACAUGGCCUACAAGGGGUUGUACAUGCUGAGCGACGCAGAGCUGCUGGAUGUGCUCGAAAGAAUCAGAAGUCUUAAUGGCGUGGCAAUGGUCCAUGCUGAGAAUGGUGACAUUAUAGCCAAGAACACAAAUCGUCUUUUAGCCGAAGGUGUCACUGGGCCCGAAGCACAUGAAUUGUCGCGUCAGGAGGAAGUUGAGGCUGAAGCUGUCCAUCGAGCUUGCGUCUUGGCCCAUCAGAUGAAGACUCCUUUGUAUGUCACUGGCGUCACCAGCAAAUCCUCCGCCGAACUUGUGGGUCGUGCACGUCGCAGCGGUUAUUGUGUGUUUGGUGAAACUCUGGCCAGCUCCAUUGGUCGUAGCAUGAGUAACGUGCCCAAAUCUGAACGAAUUUACUAUAUCACCAGUCCACCAAUUCGCAUGUCUGCAGAAACGCCAAGGCAAUUGAUGAAAUCAUUGGCAUAUGAUGACUUGCAGGUCACUGGCAGCGAUAAUUGUACCUUCAGCAAGAAGCAAAAGGAAGUUGGUGCACAUGAUUUUACAAAAAUUCCGAGUGGCGUCAAUGGUGUCGAGGAUCGCAUGUCAUUGGUGUGGGAGAAGGGCGUCCAUCAGGGGCUGCUCGAUCCUUGUCGUUUCGUGGCCGUAACUAGCACUAAUGCCGCCAAGAUUUUCAAUGUCUAUCCACAAAAGGGACGCAUUGCUGUUGGCUCCGAUGCUGAUCUGGUCAUUUGGAAUCCACAAGCCACGCGAACGAUCUCCAAGCAGACUCAUCAUCAUGCUUCCGAUUUCAAUAUAUUCGAGGGUAUGACAGUGCACGGUGUUCCAGAAUUUGUCCUCGUGCGUGGCCGCAUUUGUGUUGAGAACGAAACUGUGCGUGUGGCUGAAGGAUUUGGACGUUUCAUACCGAUGGCAGUGCGUCCGCCUUUUGUCUAUGACAUUAUUGAGGGCAAAGUGCAAACAACUGAACGAUCAUCUGAACACCACGAAGAACAUCAAAAUGGCAAUCUGGCCAAGAAGUAUGCUGAACUAGACAUAUUAAUACCGCCUCAAGAACCCAUUUCAGCAAUGCUUGCUGGUAACUUGCCCAUGCCAGCAGAAGGUUCUAUCUGCAGCACGCCCUCAGUGCGAGGUCGCGUCGAUGGCAAACGAGAUUUGCAGGAAUCUUCCUUCUCCAUAAGCGAGGAAUUGGAUAAAUCAGGUGUUCGCGCUUGCAUUAAGGUUAAGAAUCCACCUGGCGGAAAGUCCUCUGGCUUCUGGUAAUUGAUCUGCUCAUUUUGGAAGAUAUCGCACAAAGUGG